AUGGCUUCAUCAGAGGAAGAAUGGAAUGAUCCAUUUGCUGUUUUGAACGAACCUUUUGUUGGGUUGAACGAGAUGGACUUUGAACUACAUGGUAUUUACAUGGACCAUGAACCAGAGGAUGAGUUCAUGAGCACAUUAGAUAAGUGUAAGGAUAAUUUCUUGAAUGUAUUACUUAAUGAUGUUAAUCUUCGUAAUGCAAGUAUGUCUGAUGAAAUGAGUGCACGAGUAUAUCAUGAAAAUGACUGGGAAAGUGAUAAAGAUGAUGAGGAAGACGUACAACCUAAGUAUAGGGUUCAUGAUCCCAACAUCAAAUGGGACAAGAUGGAACCAAAACUUGGUGAUAUACUUGAAUCCGCUGAGCAACUUAAAUUUUGUGUUGCAAACUAUGUUGUGUCCCAUGGGUAUCAAAUAUAUUUUGCCAAGUGUGAUAGUGGUAGAAUUGUUGUAAAAUGUGGGAAAAGAAAUGAAGACAACCAAUGCCCUUUUAGAUUGCAUGCUGCUUGGAUGUACAAGGAAAGGUCAUUACAAACCAAAACUAUGACUAGGAUCCAUAAAUGCUCUGGGUCAUUCAUGUUUGGUUCAAUUAUGUCUCCUAAAUGGAUUGGGAGACAUUACAUGACUGAGAUUGCAAACAAGCCAAAUCUUAAGCUUAGGGAGAUGAUAAGUGAUAUUAAACAGACAUUUAGAUGUGAUGUGUCUAUUGGCCAAUAUGGAUGCUUCUUGAAAGGCGAGGUGAAAGGUGAACUGUUGACAACAAUUGGAAGGGAUGUAAACAACCAAGUAUAUCCAAUAGCUUCGGAUGUUGUAGAUGUGGAGAAUAAACCUAAUUGGACUUGGUUUUUAGAGCCCAUACAUGAUGAUAUAAUGUUGGAUGGUAGUAGAUGGUUGGUUAUCAUAUCAGAUCAACAUAAGGAAUUACAAGAUCAAGAAGGGCAUCCAGAUGAUGUUAAGGUGUUUACUGAUGAUGAAGCUGAUGAUGGAGGAUUUGAUGCAAGGGAGGAAGCAUGA